CUUUGGCUUUGUGCUUAUGUUUUUGUUUUUGUCUUUUUCUUGUAGUCAAUUGUUAUUGUAUUUUAAUUGAUGUUGGUGAUUUAAUCUAAUCAACUAUUAUGCUAUUGAGGACUCAUAUUAAUCCUUAAUUAGGCUGGUUCAAAGUUAGGCCUGAGUUUUGUUUUCUAUUCUCAACUAUAACUUGAUUGGAUUUAGCAAGUGAGACUUACUAUUAAUCAGAAAUAUGAGGCGUAAAUAUGGAUUAGGAGCCAUUCAGAAGCAACAAAAUACUGAGGCCAAAUUCAAGGAGAAAAGUGAAGCAAUUACAAAAGAGCAAAUUGACAAAUUAACUGAUCAAAUGAAUGCCUUCAAAUCACAUUUGGAAAAAUUUGCAACCAAACACAAGAAAGCAAUUAAAAAGAAUCCAGAAUUUCGUAGACAAUUUCAAGUCAUGUGUGCCACUGUGGGUGUUGAUCCAUUACAAUCAAGCAACAAUUUUUGGACCAAAUUAUUAGGUGUUGGUGACUUUUAUUAUGAACUUGCUGUUCAAGUGAUUGAAGUUUGUAUGGCCACAAGUCAUCAGAAUGGAGGAUUAAUCACAAUUGAAGAUCUAUUAAGACGAGUUCGACGAUCUCGAUCAACAGCUCGAAAGAAAGAGGAAGAUAUAACAGCUGAUGAUAUUUUACGAUCAAUUAAUAAGCUAAAUGUACUAGGAAAUGGAUUAACUGUCCUUAAAUCAAACAAAAGUUACAUCAUUCAAUCAAUUCCCAAAGAAUUGAGUAUGGAUCAUACUGAUACCCUUAGAUUGGCUUCGUCGAAUUCAGGAUUUUUUAAUAAAACUUUAAUUCGAUCUCAACUUGGCUGGGAAGAUAAUCGAAUUGAUAAAGUUAUUUAUGACAUGAUUAUGGAAGGUUUAAUUUGGAUUGACAAUCAAGAAGAUACAAAUUCACCAAGCUAUUGGUUUCCUGGUCUUUUUGGUUCAUCCAAUCAAUCAACAUUCCCAUGAAAA